CCUUUUUUCCCUAUCUCCCUUUUCACCCUCAACCGGCCAAAGUCCGAGUCCGGCUGACAAUGGCGCUUUUUCGCAAUUUUACUCCAGAACACGUCACUGGAUCGGCAGAUUGUGGCCCGUUUAUCUCUCCAUAGGACGGUCCUGCUCGGUCCUGCUCGGCCCAGCCCGAAACGUGGCGUGAAAUCAGAAGUGUACGGGAUUUGGCACCUUGUUUCCGGAGGCAACAUUUUGAGUGAAAAUGUCGACGUCCCUUCUCGACACGACCCCCGGCCCUUCGACGGGGACUGCGGUGGUCAGAGGUCCGCUGAACUUCUGGGGGGGGAACCGAGUGAAACCCAGACAAGAGCAAGGGGCCGAGCCGGUGUUUGAGCCCGCAACUGGCCGAGUCUUGUGUCAGACGGUUCCCUGCGGAGCUGAAGAGGUGGAUGAAGCCAUACAGAGUGCUCACACUGCUUACCUAAAAUGGAGCAAAAUGGCUGGCAUGGAAAGAGCUCGCGUAAUGCUCGAGGCCGCGCGCAUUAUCAGGGAAAGAAGGGAGAAGAUUGCAACACUAGAAGUAAUUAACAAUGGCAAGUCCAUCACUGAAGCUCUAGUGGACAUUGAUAUAGCCUGGCAGUGUAUUGAAUAUUAUGCUGGCAUGGCGGGUACACUUGCAGGUCAGCACAUCAAACUACCUGGUGGAGCAUUUGCUUACACCAGGCGAGAGCCCCUUGGUGUGUGUGUUGGAAUUGGUGCAUGGAACUACCCUUUCCAGAUUGCAUCAUGGAAGUCUGCACCCGCCCUAGCAUGUGGUAAUGCUAUGGUGUUCAAGCCCUCUCCCAUGACACCUGUGACUGCCGUCAUCUUAGCAGAAAUCUACAAAGAGGCAGGAGUACCUGAUGGUCUCUUCUGCGUAGUUCAAGGUGGGGCAGAGACUGGCUCCUUGCUCUGUUAUCAUCCAAAGGUUGCUAAAGUCUCUUUUACUGGCAGUGUUCCCACAGGCAAAAAGGUCAUGGAAAUGUCUGCAAAAGGUGUGAAACAGGUGACUUUGGAGCUUGGAGGGAAGUCCCCCCUCAUUAUCUUCAAUGACUGUGAUUUGGAGAACGCGGUGAAAGGGGCACUCAUGGCAAACUUCCUCACACAGGGGCAGGUUUGCUGCAAUGGGACCAGAGUAUUUGUGCAAAGAGCUAUCAUGCCACAGUUCCUGCAGGAAGUUGUCAAAAGGACCAAGGCCAUCCUUGUGGGUGACCCAUUGCUUGAAAGCACCCGAAUGGGAGCGCUCAUCAGCAAGCCCCACCUAGAGAAAGUGCUGGGAUUCAUCAGUCAAGCCAAGAAAGAGGGUGCUACAGUUCUUUGUGGAGGAGAGUCUUUCAUCCCAAGUAACUCCCAGUUGAAGGAGGGGUAUUUCAUGUCACCCUGUGUACUAGACAACUGCAGAGAUGACAUGACCUGUGUGAAGGAGGAGAUUUUUGGCCCCGUCAUGUGUGUCCUGCCUUUUGACACAGAGGAAGAAGUGAUAGCGAGGGCUAACAACACCACCUUUGGACUGGCCUCAGGGGUCUUUACCAGGGACAUAUCUCGUGCACAUCGUGUGGCUGAGAACCUGGAGGCAGGAACCUGCUACAUUAACAACUACAACAUUGGCGGUGUAGAAGUGCCAUUUGGAGGAUACAAGAUGUCAGGGUUUGGCAGAGAGAACGGCCAAGUGACAAUUGAGUACUAUUCCCAGCUGAAGACUGUGAUUGUGGAAAUGGGCGACGUACAAGAUUAUUUCUAACUCACCAAGGUUGCACUUGCAUAUCAGAAUCAAAAUCCAUUCAUUUAUGUGCCAGGCAUGAGAUUAGGGCUGCAACUAACGACUAUUUUAAUAGUCGACUAGUCACCGACUAUUGAAACGAUAAGUCGACUAAUCAGAUAAUUAGUAAUUUUUUUUAAAUUUAGUAUGAGGUUGCUUUAAUUAUUUGACAAAUGAUAAUAAACGAAAGAAAGAUGGGUUCUAGAAUGUUUUCUUCAUCCUGCUCCCGCUGAAUUUAUGACCAUUACCAUCCGCUCCCUCAACGUGUGUGUUACACUCCCGCUGGCUUCCGUUUUUAUAUCCACUCCCGCCCGCUCUUGCAAAACUCUGAGAAUUCAUGCCCGCACAAUGAUAGAGAUGCAUUUAUUUAGUAUCUUCCCUCGUCCCGCAAGAGAAAUGUCCAGACAAAUCUAUCUGAUUUAAUGUUAACAUUAUCAUUGUGGAGCUGAUGGAUAAUUGAUAGUUCAUAGGUCCCUGACUGAAAGUUAGAUGCAAAUCCAUCAUUGUCAUCAUCGCAUAAGCUUUUUCGCCUUUCAUGGAUGCAUCCAUCCAUCCAUCCAUCCAUCCAUCCAUCCAUCAUCUAUACCCGCUUUAUCCUCAGCAGGGUCACGGGGGUCUGCUGGAGUCUAUCCCAGCUAAUAUUCAGGCGAGAGGAGGGGUACAACCUGGACAGGUCGCCAGUCCAUCGCAGGCCUUUCACGCACGCAUCAACUAUGUGAUUGAUGUUAUAGCAACGAGAGUGGCUCAAAUAACACUAAUAAAUAACAUGAAAUAAACAAAGUUAACAAAUGAAACAAAAAUAGGCUUAAUAUCUUACCAAGGCGAGAUGUGAAAAUACAGUACAAUAAAGGUGUUUUGUUAUGUGGUCUUACAUUUUUGAUCAACUGAUGAACAGCUCAUUUCAGUUCAAUUGUUUUCAAUAAAUUGCCUGCUCCAAA